GCGCUCAUUGUUCUCGCCGUCAUGUCGGCGACUUCAGUCAAGAUACUGACCGUUGGAUCCGCUGCUGGGUCUAUACGCGACCUGUUCGCCAAAAUCAAGGCCAUUAACGCCAAGCAUGGGAAGUUCGACUUCGUGCUCUGCGUGGGGGACUUCUUCGGCGGCCCCAGGGCAUUGACGGACGAGAACACGAGCGAAAAUGAUGAAGUAUCGCAACUGCUCGCAGGGGAACUGGAAGCCCCGCUGGAAUGCUAUAUAAUGCAGGGGGACGUGCCGCUCCCAGAGACGGUGGUAGCUAAGUUCGCCACCACGGGCGGAGAACUCUGCAAGAAUGUCUUCCUUCUCAGCAAGUCGGCCGUCCUUACCACUGCGCAUGGCCUGCGGCUCGCUUGCCUCGGCGGCGCGUACGACCCCGCCACAUAUCACACCGCCGAGACUGCCCCCGGCUUCCUCUCUCCCCUUUUUGCCGCCCAAACCGUCGACCGCCUACUCUCCAACUCCCUCGCCCAGUCCUCAGCCAAGCAGGACUACCGCUCCCUCGCCGCUGUACAGACCAACUCUACUUCCACGCAGCUAGUUGACAUCCUCCUCACCAACUCUUGGCCCUCGGCGAUCACGCGGCUAUCGAACGCGCCUCUACCCAGGCCUGAGUUGGCGGGCAUCGGCGCACCCCCACUGGACGAAGUGGUGAAACACCUAAAGCCCAGAUAUCACUUCGCGGCGUGUGGGGGAAGUCCGCCGGUCUUCUGGGAGAGGGAGCCGUAUGCGUGGGCGGAGCCGGCGGACCGAGUGUCGCGAUUUGUGAGCUUGGGCGCGUUUGGAGGGCCACCUACGGAGGGAAAGAAGCAGAGAUGGUUCUACGCAUUUUCCAUUGCACCCUUAACACCUGCCGGAGCGGCGGCCCCAAAACCAGCAAACUUGACGAAGAACCCAUUCACUGACGCGCCAUCGCUGCCGACGAAACGACCAUUCGAGCCCAACGAUGAUACCGGGGCAAAUUACAUUUGGGGCAAUGUCGCUCAGCCCAAUAAGCGCACGCGCGUAGAACCCCAAGGUGAGCCUGGGAUGCCACCACCGGGGUAUAGGUGUCAUCGGUGCGAUUCUACAACGCACUUCAUCCAAGAUUGCCCUGAACGUCCGAUACCCAAAGAGGGCUUCAUCUGCAAACUGUGCAAUGAGCCCGGUCACUUUGUCCGCGAUUGUCCCACUAAGCAUGCCGUUGGGGACACCGGGGGCCGGAAGCCCAAGCCCGGAUACGUGUGCCGCGCCUGCGGUAGCGAAGACCACUACAUCGAGGACUGUCCCUCGGGGAGGGGCGGUCCAAGACAUGGCGGCGGAGGCGGGACAAGGGGAAGAGGCAAAGGUCCUCCGAAAGAAAUCACGACCGACGAAUGCUGGUUCUGCCUGUCCAACCCAAACAUCGCAAAGCACCUCAUCGUCGCCAUCGGCACCGAGUGCUACGUCAGCCUGCCCAAAGGCCAACUCAUCCCCACCCACCCGAUCGGCGACGAGCCGCGCGACGCCGUCGUCGACGUCCCCGGCGGCGGCCACGUCCUCAUCAUCCCCAUCACCCACUACCCGACCUUCCACACCAUCCCCGCGGACCUCGCGCCCGCCAUCCUCGACGAGACGGAGAAGUACAAGUACGCGCUCCGCUCCCUGUAUGCGAAGCACGGCGCCGCGGGUGUAUUCUUCGAGGUCGCGCGCCUCGGGCGGAAGGGCGGGCACGCGCACGUGCAGUGCGUGCCCGUGCCGAGGCGGUUGGGAGGGGGUGGCGCGGAUACCUCGCUGGAAGCCCUCUCCAAAUUCGUCGAAACCGCAUUCAAGGACGAGGGCGCGCACCAGGGCCUCACCUUCGAGGAGGACGCGGACGCGGCGCUCGAGGCGUGCGCGGGCGGCGCGGGCGGGUACUUCCGCGUCGACCUGCCUGACGGGCGGAAGAUGGUGUAUCUGAUCCGGGACCACGUACCGUUCGGGGUGCAGUUUGGGCGGCAGGUGAUGGCAAAUUUGCUGGGGAGGCCAGAGCGGAUGGAGUGGCAGGCUUGUGUGUUGUCGGAUGACGAGGAUACGGCGGACGCGAAGGCAUUUAGGGAAGCUUUUGCGCCGUUCAAUCCGGUUUCGUAGAUGCGUGUCGCAGGCCUCGCUGCUAUCGUACUGGAGCGUUCAAUCUGGUGUAUGGAACUCUCAUUCGAGCCCAAUGCAUGUAUGUGUUGGCGACAAACGAGUCAAUGAAAUUGGCAAUCAACUCUAGCGAGCUAAGUAAUGUGAGCUGGAUACGAGCAUAGGAAACGACAUGUUUGGGGCAAGUGGCAUAUGGACAA